AUAACUGGGCACGUCCGCUCCAUCCGUCGCCAAAAACGGUGCACGUUCGCGUUGAUCGAGGAUGGGAGUACGUCCGAGGGGCUGCAGGCUGUUUUUAGACAUGGGGUUGUUCAACGGGGAGGAACGAGUACGGCGAUGGUAGAGAAACUCAAACAAAUAACGUUCGGAGCUGCGGUGAAUGUGACUGGGAGGUUGGUGGAGAGUAAAGGGCCGGGGCAGGAUGUGGAGUUGGUUGUGGAGGGUGGGGUUGAGGUGGUGGGGAGGUGUGAUCCGGAUACGUAUCCUUUGCAGUUGCAUCAUUCUUCCUCCCCUUCCUCUGUCUCCUCCUCUGUCACCCCUGGUGCUCACUCGUCCUCUGGUAUCCCUUCGUCCUCUGGCCCCCACUCGUCCUCUGGCGCUCACUCCGCGGAAUACCUCCGCGAACACCUACACCUCCGUCUGCGCACACCCGGGAUGCAGCAUACGAUGCGUCUACGCGCCAAGGUCAAAGAAGCGCUGGAGGGGUAUUUGACGGGGGAACAGGAGUUUGUGUAUGUGCAUACGCCGGUUAUUACGGGGAUUGAUGCGGAGGGAGGGGGGGAGAGUUUUAGGGUUGGGAGGAUUGGGAAGGAGAACACGAAUCGUGAGGCGGGAAAGGAAGAGGAAGAAGAAGAGUUCUUCGGCCGACCAGCUCAUCUGACUGUAUCGUCGCAGCUCCAUCUGGAAGCGUUCCAAGCGGCACUGGGGAGGGUGUAUACCCUUGCACCGUGUUUUAGAGCUGAGAGGAGCAUGACGGGGAGACAUCUUGCGGAGUUUUGGAUGUUGGAGUGUGAAUGGGGUGGGGUGGGAGAUAUAAUAGGGAUGGAUGGGGCGAGGGAGGGGUUGGUGUCCCCUUCCUCCUCCUCACGCGAUUUACAUGGUCUGUGUACGUUUGUGGAAGAUAUGCUCCGGUAUACUAUUGCGCGGGUUCUUCCUAACACGGACAACGAAGUUGCUCAAGCAGCGUUCAGUCAGAAACCUUGGCCUAGGAUUACGUACACCGAGGCUAUACGUAUUCUACAACAAGCUCAGCCCCUGUUCACGUACCCCCCGAUUCUUGGACAUUCUCUACAAUCAGAACACGAGAAAUACCUCGCAGAGGUGGUGUUCAACGGUCCGGUGUUUGUUAUGGACUACCCGCGCGGGGUGAAGCCGUUUUAUAUGAGGGUUAAUGGGGAUAAGAAGAAUAUGGAGACAGUAGCGUGUUUUGAUCUCCUCGUUCCUCGGGUCGGGGAACUCGUGGGGGGCAGUGUGAGGGAAGAGAGGUAUGAGGUGUUGAGGAUGAGUAUGGUUGAGGCUGGGUUGAUUUCUUCCCCUUCUCCUUCCUCCCCUUCCUCCCCUUCCCCCUCGUCUCCCUUGUCUCUCUCCUCCCCCUCGUCUCCCUCGUCUCCCUUGUUUCCCUCGUCUCCCUCCUCUUCUCCUUCCCCCACCUCCCCCUCGUCUAAAAAACCCCCCCAAAACCCAUACGAAUGGUACCUCGACCUCCGCCGCCACGGGUCGGUCCCACAUGGUGGGUUUGGGAUGGGGUUCGAGAGGUUGAUUAUGUGGUUAGGGGUAGGGAAUAUCAGAGAAAGCGUGGGGAUGCCGAGGUGGAAAGGGUGGAUGGGGAUGUGAGGAUGUGAGGGUUCGUUGAUUGAAACUUUGAGCUUAGCGCUUAGUCCUUAGGCUUAGGCUUGAGUGUGUAGAAGUCCUUCAAGAAUGCUGGGUCUCCUUCUGAGUCAUAGCACUGAUCGGAAGUGGUACGUACAUACGACGAACAUUUUCAUUUUUCCGGAAUAAGUUCGGUUUCGAGUUUGUGCUAGUAGGCUGUGGUGGUAGGUCCACUCAACCACUGGCGGGAGUAAGUAGAAGUAUGAUAUGUAGUAUCGACGGCUAUCGACGGGCUAGGGCCUGCUACAGCGUGCUCCCCUCUGAGUCCAUGUGGUAAUAAUUAUAAUUUAAAACAUU